UUGAAUCAAUAUCUUUUCCCUAAAAAAUACGAUUUUCUGUUGUUUAUCCAUCGCGUGAUUUUACCUGUUUGAAAUCCAAUAUAUACCUGCAAGAUUUAAUGGUCAGACAUGCUCUUCAUUCAGCUGAUAUGUGACAAUUUCAGCACCAUGGUCAUGGACAGCGGAAAGAGGCUGUAUUUCAAUGGGAAGCUUGUAGUUUCCUAUAUUAGCAUAGUUUCAAUUCAUCGACAUCUUACUGUCAUGUUGGUUUACAUGGUCAUUAAUACUUAGGCCGAUAUGUGUUGAUAUAGAAUGAUAGUGCUGCAUUUGAUCCCAUGCAGAUUUAAACCAGCCCAAAUAUCUUGUAUUAUUUUUCGUAUUCUGUAGUUCAGUGAAUUUAACUCAGAGGGACGCUGUUGGUCAGUGUGUUGCAGUAUUAGAGCACAUUUGCAGCAGUACCUCCCCCAUCAUCUCCGUACAUGAGAGAGAGAAAGAGCCGCACGCAGAGCGCACAGUCCGGGUUACAGAGAACACUAAGCACCGAGACACCGAGCUGAGAUUCUUUUGUUCUGGAGAUACGGAUUAUUAGUAGAACAUUUUGUUAUUUUUUCGGUUUACACCUGAAGGAAAUAUACUAUUAUCAUAACUGAUUAUAUUGUGUUUGAUGCUUCAUGUUGAAGGGAAAAUGUCGGACAGAACAAUGACACGGCAAGUACUGUUGUUUAUCUCGGUCCUCUCUCUCAGUUCAGUACACGGGCAGGUCAGUUACUCCAUUCCCGAGGAAAUGGCGAAAGGCUCUUUAGUCGGUAACAUAGCGCAGGAUUUGGGUUUAGAUAUCAAAAGACUGAAAUCAGGUAAAGCUCGUAUUUAUACUGGAGACAGCGCAGAAUACAUCGAGCUGAAUAAAGAAAGGGGAGUUCUCCUCAUCAAAGACAGAAUAGACCGUGAAUCACUCUGCGGACAGACGACGCCUUGUGCACUACAUUUUCAGAUUAUUCUAGAGAACCCGAUGGAAUUUUACACCAUAACUGUUGAAAUAACGGAUGUUAACGAUAAUAUUCCAUCAUUUGAAAAGAGUGACGUACAAUUUAAAAUAAGCGAGUCUGCAGUCAUUGGAGCAAAAUUUAUAUUAGACGGAGCAAUGGAUCAGGACGUCGGUAUCAAUGGCCUACAAAGCUACACGUUGAAACCAACCGAUAAUUUUGCUCUUGAAUUGCAUAAUCAAGCCGAUGGCAAUAAAAAUGUAGAGAUGGUUUUAAAGAAACCUCUAGAUCGUGAAAGAGUGGAACAAAUAUCUCUGAUAUUAACAGCAGCAGAUGGAGGAGAGCCUCGGCUAUCAGGAACAAUGCAGAUACUCAUCACAGUACUAGACGCCAAUGACAAUCCACCCGUUUUUACGCAGCAUACAUAUAAAGCUACCGUUACUGAGCAUUCCCCAAAAGGAACACUUGUAACUUCAGUGAGUGCAUCAGAUGCCGAUCAUGGAUCAAACAGCAAAGUAACCUAUUCAGUUCGAAACACUUUAGAUGAUGUCAGAGAAAUGUUUGACGUUGAUGAGGACAGUGGCGAGAUUAGAUUGAUAGGAAAUGUUGAUUACGAAAAGACACGACGUUUUCAAAUCAGCCUGCGGGCAAGUGAUGACGGAGGCCUUACAGAUUCAUGCAAAGUCAUAGUUGAAGUAGUUGACACCAAUGAUAAUACGCCUAAUAUUAACAUUAUGUCUAAAUCAAACGUGAUCUCCGAAGAUGCUAAAGCAGGUACUGUCGUAACUAUGAUGAAUAUUCAAGACCCAGAUUCUGGUGAUAAUGGCAGAGUGCAGUGCUCUAUUGACGAAAACAUCCCAUUUUUAAUGAAAUCAACAUCGAAUAAUUUCUUUACUGUAGUAACAGACAGUGACUUGGACCGAGAGAGAGCGUCUGAGUAUAACAUCAGUGUGACGUGCUCUGACGAGGGACUGCCCUCGCUCUCCAGCAGCGUCACUCUCACCUUACAGAUAUCAGAUGUGAAUGACAACGCGCCUGUCUUUGAGAGGAGCUCAUAUGAGGCCUACAUUAUAGAAAACAACACACCGGGCCUCUCUAUAUUCACAGUGAAAGCCAGAGACGCUGACUGGAACCAGAAUGCCCGUGUUUCUUACAUACUGGAGGAGUCCUCGGUUAACGGAGUGCCCGUCUCCUCAUAUGUGUCCGUUAGUGCUGAUAGUGGAGUCGUACAGUCAGUGCGCUCUUUUGACUACGAGCAGAUCAAGGAUUUCCAGUUCCGCGUAAAAGCGCAGGAUGGAGGCUCUCCUCCACUCAGUAGCAAUGUGACUGUGAAAAUAAUGAUCCAGGACCAGAAUGACAACACGCCUCAGGUUCUGUAUCCAGUCCAGACGAGCAGCUCUCUGGUGGCUGAAAUGGUGCCUCGUUCAGCAGAUGUGGGCUAUCUUGUCACUAAAGUGGUGGCUGUUGAUGUGGACUCUGGACAGAAUGCCUGGCUCUCGUAUAAACUGCAGAAAGCGACAGACAGGGCGCUGUUUGAAGUGGGCUUACAGAAUGGAGAAAUAAGAACUAUACGCCAAGUCAAUGAUAAAGAUGCUGUGAAACAAAGGCUCACUGUUGUAGUGGAGGACAACGGGCAGCCCUCUCGUUCAGCUACAGUCAAUGUUAACGUGGCGGUGGCGGACAGCUUCCCUGAAGUGCUCUCGGAGUUCACUGACUAUACGCACGACAAGCAGUACAAUGACAACCUGACUUUUUACUUAGUCUUGGCUUUAGCUGUAGUCUCCUUUCUCUUUAUCGUAUCCAUCAUUGCCAUACUGUCAGUGAAAUGCUACAGAUGGAGACGCGAGCAAAUGUUUUUCAAAUCUAAUGGGAAUCUCCCAGUUAUUCCAUACUACCCGCCCCUUUACGCAGACGUAGGAGGCACAGGGACUCUGAGACAGGUGUAUAAUUACGAUGUGUGUGGAACGACUGACUCCAGAAAGAGUGAUAUGAAAUACGUCAGACCUGACAGUCAGAGCAUCAUUAAUCUGGACGGAACACAGACACUCCCCCACGCGCAGAGGGACACGCUGAUCAAUGACGAUUCAGACAGUCAGCAAAAGCCUCCUAACGCCGACUGGCGCUUCACCCAAGGACAAAGACCUGGACCCAGUGGGGCUGGAGGCCCCCCUGAAAUGGCCAUGGGAACCGGACCCUGGCCCAACCCCCCCACCGAGGCUGAGCAGCUCCAAGCCCUGAUGGCCGCCGCCAACGAAGUGAGCGAAGCGACCGCCACCCUGGGACCAGGCACCAUGGGUCUAAGCACCCGUUACAGUCCCCAGUUCACCCUGCAGCACGUGCCCGACUACCGUCAGAACGUCUACAUCCCUGGCAGCACGGCCACCCUGACCUCCAACCCCCAGCAGCAGCAACAGCAGAUGCUGAUGCAGCAGCAGAUGGCAGCCCAACAACAGGCCCUGCAGGCCCAGCCCUCCGAGGCCUCGGCUCAGCCUGAACCCCCCAAGGCUGCCCAGACCCCCGCCUCCAAGAAGAAGUCCACCAAGAAGGAGAAGAAGUAGGAUGGAUGGAAGGACGAACGAUGAAUGGAUAGAUAUGGAGUAUACGAUGAGAAGAGAACAACCCGAUGAGAAAUGAAAUUUAACCACAGGAGGCUGCUGAGGGGAGGAAUGCUCGUAAUGGCCGGAACAGAGCGAAUGGAAUGGCAUCAAAGACAUAGAAACCAUGUGUUUGAUACCAUUCCUCUCCAGCCAUUACCACAAGCCUGUCCUCCCCAAUUAAAGUGCCACCAACCUCCUGUGAACUCAACCCUCGCUCACCCCCACUUUUCCACACAAUGCGUUUACUCUAGCCAUGGUUGGAAUUGUAUUGGUCACACUCAUAUGAUAACACAAAAUAUGGAGAUGGUUUGGGAAUGUUUGUUUUUGGGCUCUUGAAUCUGGAAAGGGUUGAAGGUUUGCAAACCGCAUUGACAUUUCGUUUUUGUUUUCUUUCUGAAGGCUAGAUAUAAACGGUUGUUUUCUUUCUGAAGGCUAGCUAGAAACAGUUGUUUUUGUUUUCUUUCUGAAGGCUAGCUAGAAACGGUUGUUUUUGUUUUCUGUCUGAAGGCUAGCUAGAAACGGUUGUUUUCUUUCUGAAGGCUAGCUAGAAACGGUUGUUUUUGUUUUCUGUCUGAAGGCUAGCUAGAAACGGUUGUUUUUGUUUUCUUUCUGAAGGCUAGCUAGAAACGGUUGUUUUUGUUUUCUUUCUGAAGGCUAGAUAGAAACGGUUGUUUUCUUUCUGAAGGCUAGCUAGAAACCGUUGUGUUUGUUUCCUUUCUGAAGGCUAGCUAGAAAUUGUUGUUUUUGUUUCCUUUCUGAAGGCUAGCUAGAAACGGUUGUUUUUGGAAAGCCUGUGUUCUGUUCUACUCAACAGCAAAGUAUUAAUGGUAUUUCCUGGUAAGGAAGACUGGAGUUGGGGGGGGGGUCAAUGAAUUUGGAUCCACUUCAGACAACAAAUUGAGUGUAAGAAACCUUGCUGGGGUAACAAGGUUCACCCAGUGACGUAUUCACAGGUUGAUAUUUUAACCAUGUUCCCUAAGAUGUUUCAUGUUGGAUUUGUAAUAGUUUAUUUUCCUGAGUUGGAAAGUAGAUCAGUGUUGACUAUAGUAGAUGACUAUAGUAUAGAUUCCUAUAUAGCAGUUCUAAAACCAAUCUGUGCGGCACUCAGUUGAAUAUGAAAAUCCCGACGUGAGCGUCGAGCCUCCACCGCUAUAUAGGAUCAGCCUCAUAGGAUCCUACACCACAGCUCUUUGGAACACAAGGGUUUCGUGUCCACUGGGAGUAUUCUACUCCUCUGCAUGUUCCUAUAGCUUCAAACCACAGACCUUCUAGAAGAUUCAACAAUGCAUUGCUUAAGUGUUGCAAAGAGGACGACCACCUUAACUCCUCUCCCAAAAAUACUGGUUGAUAAAUGCACUUUGUAGCAUUUAUCUGACGUGGUAGCGAAAAAUUCUAAAUAUGAUUUUGUAAGCAUUAGUUAAAUGGUAAGAUUAGAAUAUUUUGUUGUUUUUUAUGACCUUAGCGUGAACCCUAUCAUCAGCCCUAUUGGCUGGCUUGGUGACAUAGUAGGCACUGCCCCUUUUUUAGAACACCAUAGAUGGGCAUAGAGACCACCUGCUGUCCCCUUAUGCCCCCUCCCCUCACUGGCUAUCCCACUUCAACCAUAGGAGAUGCACUGUUCAUACUGUAAAAAUGAGCUGUAGGGUAAAAAGCCCUUCAGAGGAGGGCACAAGUAGAGAUCUUCAACAAAUUUCUGAGAAGUUACACUUCUUAGGUCACUAGGCUCCAGAUUGAGUGCUCACCCCUUGCUAUGUAUCCUGAAGUGCAGAUAGUUAUAUUUCUUGAUGUGAUAAGACAUGUUUUUUGACAACUCAGCAGCAUAAGAGUUGUUUAGAAGAUACGUAGGAAGUCUUUAGUUUGUCGUCCGUCUGUCAGGCUCCCACCGCAUGAAGAGGCAGCAUGGAGGCAGGGUUCAAGGGGGAGUGGAAAGGGAUGGGAAGUCUUUAGUUUGUCGUCCGUCUGUCAGGCUCCCACCACAUGAAGAGGCAGCAUGGAGGCAGGGUUCAAGGGGGAGUGGAAAGGGAUGGGAAGUCUUUAGUUUGUCGUCCGUCUGUCAGGCUCCCACCACAUGAAGAGGCAGCAUGGAGGCAGGGUUCAAGGGGGAGUGGAAAGGGAUGGGAAGUCUUUAGUUUGUCGUCCAUCUGUCAGGCUCCCACCACAUGAAGAGGCAGCAUGGAGGCAGGGUUCAAGGGGGAGUGGAAAGGGAUGGGAAGUCUUUAGCUUGUAGUCCGUCUGUCAGGCUCCCACCACAUGAAGAGGCAGCAUGGAGGCAGGGUUCAAGGGGGAGUGGAAAGGGAUGGGGUGCGACGUCUGGGUUGGUACCAUUAGAUUGACUGGGAGGGGGGCAACGACCUUGGCUCUACUCACUGAAUGUACAUAGGCAAGGUCCACCCCUAAACUUCCUCGAAUGCACUGACCCAGGUUAGAGGGUGACAGAGCCAAGCACAUCUCUCCAUGUCACAGAGGAGAUACCACUUCAGAAGAAGGGAGCGGAGACAGAGUUCGCUAGUUCCAUUCCUCGCUGUAUCUAUCCUCUCAGUGUAAAUCCACUCUGGUAAAGCUAACCUCAAGACUCCGCCCUCCACUCCCUGGUCCAGUGAAGGCUCUUCCCCACUGUAAAUAAACACUGGUCCUGUCGGUGGCAUGAGCCAGGUGUUUGUAUAGUACGGACCACGUCCAGCAUUUCCAAAUGAAAAGUCCUCUCUCCACAAGGUGUGGCUUUUACUACUGGAAUGUGUUGCAUUUGUUUUUCAAGAAAAAUAUGAAAACCGCUGCGAGAAAAAAAGAUCUCUGAAAUGUUCUUCAACAGUUUGUGUUGCAAUGUAGUAACGAAACACCACGAAGGCCAACUAACUAACUCUUCAGUGUAAAUAAAUAAAGUUGCUAACUUUAGACGAUGAGUAAACAGUGACACACAUAGACUAGUUAACUUGUGAUAUGUGUUCAUUUUCACUCUCUCCAUUUGACCUCCCUGUAAAGAAACCAAACAAAAAAAAGUAUAUUGAAAAAAAAUGUUUCUAUCCUUCUGUAACCUCUUUACGUUUUCUUUCUGUGAUUCAUAUCGCGCAUUUGUGCAGGAAUGCCUCUCUCUCUGUCCAUAUGAACAAAUGAUUAUAAAUAUUAUAUAUGUGUGUAUGUCCGUCUGCUGCUGAAUUAAUCCUCUCCCGUGCUGUGGCCUGAUAUCUUUCUUAUGAAACUCUUAACCCCCCCGCCCCCCCUAAUCUCUUAUUUGUUAUGCUAAUAUUUAUAUUGCUGUUUUAUUUUCCCUUGAACACUGAAGUUUCAAAUAAAAGGUUCAGAAAUCAUUAAA